GGUUUGGUUUGUUUAUGCAAAUAGUUCAUUCCCUCAUUCCUCCGGGAAUGGUCCCCCUCCACCUCCACAGUCACCCCUCCCCUUUACUGCUCUGCAGGGCUGCUAUCUUCCUCAAAGGCUUGGUGAAUGAAUACGCUGUCAAGACAGCCAAGGACCCAAAAACAAGCAGGCCUGGGAAAUGUGGCUCUUGCUCCUCCUGGCGCCAGCCCUGCUUUGCAGGGUGGGAGGCUCCGUCCCCAUCCCUCAGAAGUUCUUUGGGGAGGUGACUUCCCCUCUGUACCCGAAACCUUACCCCAACAACUAUGAGACAACCACGAUCAUCACAGUGCCCCCAGGAUACAGGGUGAAGCUCGUCUUCCAGCAGUUUGACUUGGAGCCUUCAGAAGGCUGUCUCUAUGACUAUGUCAAGAUCUCUGCUGAUAAGAAAAAUCUUGGGAGGUUCUGUGGGCAGCUAGGGUCCCCCCUGGGCAACCCUCCAGGGAAGAAAGAAUUUGUGUCCAAAGGAAACAAGAUGCUGCUGACCUUCCACACAGACUUCUCCAACGAGGAGAGUGGAGCCAUCAUGUUCUACAAGGGCUUCCGGGCCUAUUAUCAGGCUGUGGACCUCAACGAAUGUGCUUCCCAGAGCAACUCGAUAGAGGAUGACUCCCAGCCCCGCUGCCAGCACCUCUGUCACAACUACAUCGGUGGCUACUUCUGUUCCUGCCGGGCAGGCUACGAGCUUAGGGAGGACAGGCACUCCUGCCAGGCUGAGUGCAGCAGCGAGCUGUACACAGAGCCAUCAGGCUACAUUACCAGCCUGGAGUACCCCCAGCCAUACCCCCCAGAUCUGCGCUGCAACUACAGCAUCAGGGUAGAACGGGGCUUCACCCUGCACCUCAAGUUCCUGGAGCCUUUUGAAAUUGAUGACCACCAGCAAGUGCACUGCCCCUAUGACCAACUCCAGAUCUACGCCAACGGGAAGAACAUAGGCGAGUUCUGUGGGACACAAAGGCCUCCUGAACUAGACGCCCGCAGCAAUGCUGUUGACCUGCUGUUCUUCACCGACGAGUCAGGGGACAGCCGGGGCUGGAAGUUGCACUAUACCACAGAAAUCAUCAAGUGCCCACAGCCCAAGCCCCUAGAUGAGUUCACCGUCAUCCAGAACCCACAGACACAGUACCAGUUCCGGGACUAUUUUAUUGUCACCUGCAAAAAAGGCUACCAGCUCAUUGAGGGGGACCAGGCACUGAUGUCCUUCUCAGCUGUCUGCCAGGACGAUGGCACAUGGCAUCGUGCCAUGCCCAGGUGCAAGAUCAGGGACUGCGGACAACCCCGAAGCCUGCCUAAUGGGGACUUCCGGUACAUCACCACCAAAGGGGUGAACGUCUAUGAGUCCCGCAUCCAGUACCACUGCCGAGGGCCAUAUUACAAAAUGAAGACCCGAGCUGGCAGCAAUGAGUCAGAGCGAGGGCUGUUCACCUGCACUGCCCAGGGCACCUGGAAGAACGAGCAGGAAGGGGAGAAGAUCCCUCGGUGUCUGCCAGUGUGCGGGAAACCUGUGCACCCCGUGGAGCAGAGGCAACGCAUCAUCAGUGGGCAGCGAGCCAAGGAGGGCAACUUCCCCUGGCAGGUGUACACCAUGCUCUCCAGCCCUGGGGGUGGGGCCCUGCUGGGGGACCGCUGGAUCCUCACCGCUGCCCACACCGUGCACCCUAAGGGACAAAUCAAGCAGGACAAUAACCAGUCCACAGAGAUAUUACUGGGCCACACACAUAUGAAAGAGCUCAGGAAAUUGUCAAACCACCCUAUCCACUCAAUCAGAAUCCACCCAGACUACCGUCAGGACCAGCCCAACAAUUUUGAUGGGGACAUUGCCCUGUUGGAGUUGAAAAAUAGCGUCACCCUGGGCCCCAACAUCCUCCCCAUCUGCCUCCCGGACAAUGAGACCUUCUAUGACCACAGCCUCAUGGGCUAUGUCAGUGGCUUUGGGUUAACAGAGGAUCGGCUUCCUGAUAGCCUCAGGUUUGUUCGCAUUCCUGUAGCUGAGCGACAAUUAUGUGAGAGCUGGCUCCAGAGCCAUAAACGGGAUGAUGUGUUUUCUCAAAACAUGUUCUGUGCAGGGGGCCCAACUUUAAAGCAAGAUGCUUGCCAAGGGGACAGUGGAGGUGUUUUUGUAGUGAAAGACCACAAGAAAGAUCGCUGGGUGGCCACGGGCAUUGUGUCCUGGGGCAUUGGGUGUGGCCAUGGAUAUGGUUUCUACACCAAGAUACUCAGCUAUGUGGAUUGGAUCAAGAAAGAAAUGGGUGAGGAGGAAUACUGAGCCCAGGAUUCAAUAGGUCAAAAGCCAGGGUACAGUGUAUAAAAGCAGUCACCUGACCAGUUGAUCACCAAUAAGAACUCAUUAAAAUCACAGAUGCAGAAAGAUACUGUGUGAAAUAAACUCUCUCUUCUAUCAUUCCAUCCACAUUCUUUACCAAAAGGCUGCCUUCCAUUCCUCUAAGAAUUGCAGAAGAUUACCAAUCAAGCUGUCAUUUUCCUCUUCUGUUUUUAUACCUUUGGGAAAAUAAAUAAACCCCAUUCCAAAUAAA